UCUCAACAUAGCUGGUUCUUUCUGGACUGCAGAGGACUUGUGUCGGUAGCAGCUGGUGCAUCUCUUCUGGAGACCUGGCUCACAGAGGGUGUAGCCACCAAUGACAUUGACUCUGCCUCCCUUUGUAAAGAGACUAGUUUGAGUAUCCAAUAUCAAAGGUACCAACUGUGCCCUUGCCAGUGGGUGGAUGUGAAUUUAAUCCAGCAAGGGUUCAGAGCCCACAUUCUCUCUGUGUGGUCAGAGGACUGGUACAUAACAGGACUGGAGCAGCACCUCUGGUUCACAGGAAGAUGGUUUUCACUCCCUGACAUCCUGGCUAUUAGGUCUCCCUGGAGAGGGUUCUACUUCUUCUUCUCUCCCACUUCUUCUUCACCCCCUAGAACCUGAGCAGAAAGCACAGCCUGACUCAGGAGACUCUUUUAGAAGGAGAGGUUGCUUAUCCGGUGAGUCUUUGUGGGACUCAUAUAAUUCAUAGUUCUUACUCUAAAAUAUGGGUCUUAUGAAAAAAAAUAAGAACAAGUUUACUUGUCUAUCAAAAUUUCUCUGCCCUCUCAUUGCCGAUACCUUUAGGAAUCUGGGGAUGGGUCCACUGUCACUUUGGCAUCUCCUGUAUCCUUUCCUCUGGCUCAGGUCUCCAUCCUUAAAGGAAUUUUGUUAAGGAGCAGUCCACACUGUGUAGGUUGGUGUGUAGCUGGGUGUGUAUAUGUGGGGAGUGUGCAUAGAUAUGAAGAUAGUACAUGAAUGUGUGUAUGGCCAUCAAUGGUGCGUGCAUGGUGUGAGUGUGUAUGUAUUCAUGGGUAUGGGUUAUGUACUUGUAUGAAGGUGGAGUGUAUAUUAGGAUGUGUGUACAUACAUGUAUCUCUGUGUACCUUCUACAUUCAGUACUCUUAGUGUGUCUAUUAUUUCUGCUCUGCCUUCUUGGCAAGAGUCUUUUCAUAUUGGGACAGUUUCAGGAUCCAUAGCCCCCCUCACUGCCUUCACCUAUUGUCUCAGAUAGCAUGCUUCCUCCACCAGAAUCCAGCAGUGGCUGUGAUUCUUCCUAAGACCAGCUGUGCUGGGAAGCCCAUGCUCCUGGAGGAGAAAGCAAGCCAGGGAACCCUUGGGUAGAAUGGAAAACUCUUCCAUGAUUACACCCUUCUUAGACCCUUCCUCUCUUGGCCCCUUAGUACCCAGUCAGCUCAGAUUAGAGCCCUUGAGGUUUUGUUUUUACAAUGUAUUAUGGUGCCAUUGCUGUUGGAGACUCUCUUUUCCCAGGGAUUCCUGAAAAGCCCACAGAUACCAGUCAGAUAGCCCUGUCAGGAGAAGUGGCUGGUGAGGUGAGAGCAGACACACUAACAACCCUCUCCAGAACAAAGUCUGUUCAAGAUCUUCAAGACACACAAGCUUCUAGGACCACAUCAAGUCCAGGAUCUGCAGAGAUUAUUGCCCUAGCCAAAGGUACAACCCACUCUGCUGGCAUCAAACCACUGAGGUUGGGAGUCUCAUCUGUUGACAAUGGUUCCCAGGAAGCAGCUGGAAAAGCAGCCUGUGACAGAUUGGCCUUCGUGCAUCUGGGUGAUGGGGACAGCAUGACGGCCAUGCUGCAGCUUGGAGAGAUGCUCUUCUGUCUAACAUCCCAUUGCCCAGAGGAAUUUGAAACUUACGGCUGCUACUGUGGAAGAGAAGGAAGAGGAGAGCCAAGGGACACCCUGGAUAGGUGCUGUCUGUCCCAUCACUGCUGUUUGGAGCAGAUGAGACAAGUGGGCUGCCUCCAUGGAAGGCGUUCUCAGUCAUCUGUGGUAUGUGAAGACCACAUGGCCAAAUGUGUGGGGCAGAGCCUGUGUGAGAAGCUACUAUGUGCCUGUGACCAGAUGGCAGCUGAGUGCAUGGCCUCUGCCUUCUUUAAUCAAAGCCUCAAGUCACCAGACGGAGCCGAGUGUCAAGGCGAGCCUGUGUCCUGUGAGGAUGGCAUGCUCCAGGGCACCUUGGCCUCUUCUGUGGACUCCAGUUCUGAGGAGAAUAGUGAGGAAGCUCCACCGCAGAUGGAACGCCUAAGAAGAUUUCUGGAAAAGCCUCCUGGUCCCUUGGGGGCCAGACCCCUCGGUGGGAAAUAAGAUGCUACGUGCUAGUAGCUCUAAGCUGUCUGAGCCCUUUGGCCCUCAGUCCCACCCAUAGGAGCCUUAGCAGGGUCUCCAAGGGAGCAGGGACAGCCACCCCUUUAUCCAUGAGUCUCCCCUUUAUCCACGAGCCUCCUGAAACUUGUCAGCACAGAUACAUGUGUCUGGAGAAUAACUGCAGAUGACAGCCCUUUUCUUCCUGUAGUUCACUAUGGAAGCUCAAUAAAUUCUCUAUGCCACAUGGC